AUGCGGGUGCACCUGGGCGCGCUGGCCGGCGCGGCGGCGCUGACCGGGGCGCUCAGCUUCGUGCUCCUGGCGGCGGCCAUCGGCACUGACUUCUGGUACAUCAUCGACACGGAGCGCCUGGAGCGGGGCGGCCCGGGGGCGUGGGGCCCGGCGGGGGCCGCCAACCGCAGCCAGCUCGAGCCUCUGAGCUCGCACUCCGGCCUCUGGCGGACCUGCCGGGUCCAGAGCCCGUGCGCGCCGCUGAUGAAUCCCUUCUGGCAGGAGAACGUGACCGUCAGCGACUCGAGCCGACAACUUCUCACCAUGCACGGGACGUUCGUGAUUCUGCUGCCGCUCAGCCUGAUCCUCAUGGUUUUCGGGGGCAUGACGGGCUUUCUGAGCUUCCUCCUGCGAGCCUCCUGCCUCCUUGUGCUCACGGGGACCCUCUUCCUCUUUGGAGCCCUGGUGACCCUUGCCGGCAUCAGCGUCUACAUCGCCUACUCGGCCGCGGCCUUCCGGGAGGCGCUGUGUCUCCUGCAGGAGAAGACUCUGCUGGCCCAGGUGGACAUCCGCUUCGGCUGGUCCCUGGCCUUGGGCUGGGUCAGCUGCGUCGCCGAGCUGCUCACCGGGGCCACCUUCCUGGUGGCGGCCCGCGUGCUUAGCCUGAGACGGCGGGAGGACCAGGCCAUCUGA